AUGGCAGACUUUUCAGUCUCUUACAACGUCUAUCUCAGCAAAAUGGAUGCCAGGUUGUUGCGCGAGGUAGUCCGCGCGAGCUUAGCGGCAUCGAGUGAGUGGGAAAACUACGCCGCCAGAGAAAUAUUUCUCGCGUCAGAGCUAUUUUCCAAAUUAGAAGAAGUUCUCGUACCCCGCUUCUUGAAACGUGACCUUAUCUGGCCGAUUGGUGAUUGUCUGCAAAUAGUAAGGGCAAACCCUGCUUUUCCGCCGCAAAAGCUUUAUGAGAUCUUGACUGUUUAUUUCCCUGCGGACUUGGAUGAUACUACUGUGUUAUCCUUGGAAAAAUGUUACGGCAUGAUACACUGGCAUGCCGAGCCCGACUGGGAUUCUCCAGAGGAACCACCUCAUCCUAUGGUAGGAUUUCUCUCUCAAAAACGUGCAUGGAUGAAUGGGAAGAUUGAGUAUCGUGGACAGGCUGCUCGACGUUUAGUUUACCUUUUCAAAUUCAAGGAUGAAGAAGCUGAGCAACACUACAAGGAGAAUAUGAGAUGGGGCUCGCGUAUCCGUAAUGGACGGAAAAUUUGGGAGGUUAUGGAUCAUUUACUUGAAGAUUUGGAAAAUUUUGGUAUGCUAGGAUAUGAAUCUCGGCAUGUCCGGUUUUUAGAGGUGAAGGAAGGUAUAUCAGAGAAUGCGUAUUUCCCGCUGCCUCCUCCACUCCCUGUCGUCCUUGACAUUGGCAUGACUAGGGAGGAGGCAAUAGCAUCUUAUCAGUUCCCUACCGAAUCUGAUGAUGAUGACUUAUAG